AGCCAGUCGCGAUGAAUGAAGCGCAGAAAUCAUCAGCUUGUGAACGGAAUCCGAACAGAUGCUUCACAGGGCUGCAGCUCGGAAGACGAUGAUGACACACACACUCACUGGGGGAGGAGGAACAACCACCACGCUUUGACACCAUCGCCAUUGCCAUCCAUGGCGAAGCUCCUCAUCUCCGCCCCCGCUGCUGCUGCUUCUCCCUGCCUUGGGCGCGCUUCGCUGGGACUUGUAGCUCAAAGGAAUGUGAACUCUAUUGAGUAUGGAGUGGGCUCCAUGGCUGGCUCAUGCGGAAGGCUGUCUUCCAGCGCUUCGUGUCAAAUGUUCGGGAGCAGCGAAUUGGCAGCAUGGAAAGCUUCGUUAGCUUCGCGUAGACAAUCACGGAGAGCACACAGCAUGAAUAUUCGGUGUGACCAAUCCACUGAAGGUGGGAAUAGAAGGAGCUUGGACACCUGGAUUGGACGCUUUGCCAUGCUUGGGUUCGUAGCUGCGAUUGGAAUCGAAAUUUCCUCUGGAAAGGGAGUGCUUGAGAGCGCCGGACUCCCAGUUCCAGUGCCUCCCGUUGUGUUAGGUCUCAUAUCUCUGGUCGGUAUUGUGACGGCAUGGAAUGUGUUCCAAUCACCUACAAGGGAUUGAAAAUGUCCUUUGUUUGGAGUAGCGAGUCAUGAUAAACUAAGGCUCAUUCUUUUAUACUUUUCGCUGCAGUUAAUCUACAUUGAUAUGUUCAUAGCUCUACGUGAUUUUAUUUGUGUGAAGUUUUUGAUGCGUAGUUCCUCAGCAACGUUGCCGGUUUGAAUGAAUUUGGAAUGCCUCAACGAAAAUGAAAUUUAGGAACCACAAGAAUGAGUGCGAUGAGAGUGAGGUGUAGAAAGGAUUCUCAUAAUCUAUUGGUGGCUUUGCUCCGUACGGAGUCCAUGUACUUAGAACCAAUCUCGGCUUUUCCAGAUUUUGAUGCAUUUAAGUGUAUUUAGCCAACUUUGGUGAUGAAAA